AUGUCUAAUGUCAUUAAUGAUGAGGACUCGAAUGAUCACAAUGAGAAUAAUCUGCGAAGUAGUUAUAAAAACGAGAAUCAGAAUUCAAAUGAUAGGAAAAGAAGUAUUGGUAUGACAAGCAUAGAACAAGAUUCCCUUGGUAAUGAUUCUGUCUCAUCAAGUAGCAAGCAAUUACAUAGGCAAGUAGAAAAUGGUAGCAAUAGUAAGCUUCAGUUUGGUUUGACUAAGAUACCUUCAGGAAGUAUUAAUAAAGAAAAUCAAUCAAUACUUGAGUCAUUAUAUCAACAAAAUGAUCCGAAAUUAAUAGAACUUCAAAAUAAAUUAUUCGGUAAGAAAAGCAUACUAGAUUCAAAGAAAGAUGAAUUCGAAGGGUAUAAAGUAGAAUUUAAAAAUAUUCAAAAAAAAUUGGACGAAUUACGAGAGCAAAAAAUGGCACAGCAUAAAGAGUUGACUUUGAAAACUAAUGAAUUGACUAAGUUACAAUAUGAAUUUGAAUCAAAAAAAGAUUACAAAAACCGUGAGCAGGAAUUAAAAUUAAAACAAGUAAGAGCGAUUAAUAAAGCUAACUUAAACAGAUUGUCGUCUGAAUAUAUUUCAGACUUGGAUAAACUUCGAUUUGAGAAAGUAAGAAAAUUUGAAGAUGAAAAGGAAAUCUUAUCUGAAAAAUUAACCAAUCUUCGAAAUGAUAUUUUAACUCAACCAAAUGUAUUCAUAACUAACCAGAGCAUAGCAAGAAAAGAAGUGGACAAAAAUAGAGAAAUUUGGAAUAAUGCAUUACAACAGCAGAUAAUAACAGAAACGAAAGCAGAAAUAGAUAUGAAAAAUAUUCUGGAAUCAAAGAAGAAUUUGUUAGAACUGAAGUUGAAAGAAGAAUUAAGUAAAUUAACAGAGGAAGUAAAGCUUUCACAAGAUAAGUUGAAAAAACUUAAAGAAAACUAUCAUGUUAAUACUGAAGAUUCAAACCAAUUAAAGGUGGAUAUAGCUGCCAAGGAAAAUGAAGUCCUGAAUACCAUAGAAAAAAAUGAACAAUUGAAAAGAUAUCUUGAAAACGUAAAAGCAGAAAUGAUAGAAACAAAUCAAAUAUUAAUAAAAGAAGAAACGAUGAGACGUGUAUUGCAUAAUAGAUUACAGGAGCUAAGAGGAAAUAUUAGAGUUUUCUGUAGGAUGCGUCCUCCUCUGCCAGAUAUUGAAGAUCCAGAUAUAUCAAAUAUAAAAAUUAAACGAUUUGAUAACAAUUAUGGUACACAAUCAAUGAAGGUGACCAAGGAAAAUGGAGAAUCUCAAAUAUAUAAAUUUGAUAGAAUAUUUGACCAAGCUGAUUCAAAUACUGAAGUUUUUAAAGAAAUUGGUCAGCUAGUUCAAAGUUCAUUAGAUGGUCAUAAUGUAUGCAUAUUUGCAUAUGGCCAAACAGGCUCAGGGAAAACAUAUACCAUGUUAAAUGAUAAUGAUGGUAUGAUACCUGCAACUAUAUCUCAUAUUUUUGAUUGGACUGAAUCAAUGAAGGAAAAGGGAUGGAUUUAUGAUAUUAGUUGUCAAUUUAUUGAAAUUUAUAAUGAAGGUAUAAUAGAUCUACUACGUGAUAAUUCAACAGAUGGAAAUGAAGCUGGUUCGCCAAAUAAGCAUGAGAUUAGACAUGAUAAAGAGACGAUGACUACAAGUGUGACGAAUAUCAAUACAAUUGCAUUGAAUAACAAAGGAAUUGUAAAUAACGUACUAAAAAAAGCUACUAAACUAAGAGCUACAGCAGCAACUAACUCUAACGAGAGAUCAUCUCGUUCUCAUAGUGUAUUCAUGAUCUAUCUUAAGGGAAAAAACGAAAUUACGGGGGAUUCAUCUGAAGGGAUACUGAAUUUGGUUGAUCUUGCGGGGUCUGAAAGAUUAAAUUCUUCACAAGCAGUAGGUGCAAGAUUAAGAGAAACUCAGAACAUCAAUAAAUCAUUGAGUUGUCUAGGUGAUGUAAUUCAUGCAUUGGGUCAAAAUGAUAAUACUAAGAGACACAUUCCUUUUAGAAAUUCUAAAUUAACAUACUUGCUGCAAUAUUCGUUGACGGGUUCAUCAAAAACUUUAAUGUUCGUGAAUAUAUCACCUACAAAAAGUCAUUUAAAUGAAACUAUAAAUUCAUUAAGGUUUGCAUCUAAGGUUAACUCAACAAAAAUUGGUACGAAAGGUAAUUAA